CUCAUGACAUGGAGCCCAACCCCCUCCAAUAAACGCUUGACUGACGUCGAGUUAUCCACGAUCCGAAACGCAACAGGGAAUCACGCUGGCUGUGGAUGCGUGGAUUCCACUCAACGGCUGUGACUUAUGGAUACUCAGACCUAACGUUAUUUUCUAUAGAUUGUUCCUGGAUUCCGAGUCUCUCUCAUCUAAACUUGAUUGUAAACACUGCAUCCUUCGUUAUGCUUGUUAGUUGACAUUCGCUAUAAACAUUCGUUUCUACAAAAACCAUACGAGCUAAGAAUCCGGGAACAAUCUUGAACUAUAACAAUGCCAUUUAUACCCAACACCCCCGAGUCACUGAUUGCACGUUCCGACUCUAAGAACCCAGACACGACAUGUCGAGGCGUCACCGGGAGCGGACGCCCCUGUCGGCGUCCACUCGCUGCCUCCCCGUCUGCUUCGCCAGCCUCGUCGCACAUGCAGGUGCCCAAGAAGCAGCAGCUCCGCGUUGAUGAUCCUGCCGAUCCCGAAUCCUACUGCUGGCAACACAAAGAUCAGGCGAGCUUGUCUGCUCAGUCCAGCCCUGGCCCGAGGACGAACACGACUCCAAUCCUCGAACAACGGGAAAGCUUGGAUACCCUAUUCGAUAGACUGGGAAUAGUAGAGGCGCAGCAGAAGAAGAAGAAGAAGUCUGGAAAAGAUGGAAGGACCUCAAGCAGUGGAAGCAAUGGCCACGCCGGCGACAAGAUCACCCAGACUGCAUCGGGGAACUUGGAGAAGCCUCCGAGGCGGAAGAAGAAGCAGUCCACGUUUUGCUGUUGCUUCACAAUCCCAACCUUUGAGGAGGAAAGGCCUGCGAGGCCGAAACCUAAGCCCUUACAAUCUGCGCCGGCGGCAGUAGGAGGUUCCGCCAAGUUACCAUCUGGCCAGUUUCUCGCGCCAUCCUCGGCCGGGCCGCGACCAAGCGUUGGCAACUCCUCUAGACGCUCCUCUGCCAUGUCGCAAACGUCGCAGUAUCUUUCGCUUAUCCCGCCGCACGCUUCGCCUCAGACGGCAUCGCAGCUCAUGGCCGAGCUCGCGAAGCCGAUAUCACAGCAAGACGAGGCCGGCUACAUCUACAUAUUCUGGCUUACCCCCGAGUCUCAGCCGAAGACUCCACCGGUCGAAGCUGCCCGGGACCUGCUUUCGCCUCCGCCUGCACGCGGGAGCGGACGGCAAAGACGGACAAGCGACGUGUUGCAGUCUUAUGCGGGCCAGGGAGACGGCACCUCCAAGACAAUGCUGCUCAAAAUCGGACGGGCAAACAAUGUUCAACGACGCCUGAACGAGUGGACGCGCCAGUGCGGUUUUAAUAUUUCCCUCAUUCGGUACUAUCCCUAUGUAUCGAGCACCACGCCCUCCACACCACGAAAGAUGCCGCAUAGUCACAAAGUGGAGCGCUUGAUCCAUAUCGAGCUUGCGGGUGCCGGACUUCGGGUCAGCGACAAAGGAAACUGCGAAUCUUGCGGCAAAGCGCACAAGGAGUGGUUUGAGGUCGAUGCAACACGCAAGGGUAUCGAGACCGUGGACGAGGCAGUCCGGCGGUGGUCGGACUGGGACGAAGGGAGGGCUUAAUUGAGGUUUGUAUUUCCCACUUAGUGGUGCAUUGGGCGGGCGUUUUGGGGACAUAGACCAUUGGCGCACAUUGAGUGCAGGACUCAUCAUCAUCAUCAUCAUCACCACCGAUACAAUCGGCAGUGGUUACUGGUUAGCAUUAGAUAUAUAAAUAUGAGAAAAUAUCAACUAAGCAGUGCUUCCAACAACAGCAAACAUGGCA